CGGCCAGGCGCCGGCGCUGGCGGGCGGUGGCUCCCCGUCCUGCGCAGUCCGCCUCGGGAGGCACCCCCUCCGGCUGGGCGGGUCGCGAGCUCCGUCUGCCACCUUGGACGAAAUAAAGCGGGGUGGGAGCAGGCCCACUUCGACGUAUGCAACUUGGCAUGGUUUGGGCUCAGUUAUGAAGCGCUCACGCUGCCCGUUUGCAGAAGGAGAGGUGGUCUGAGCCGGCUGUGAGCAGAGCCCAGCUCAGUUCUGGGAAAGGAGAAAUGUGUCUUGGCCCCGGAUUCCAGAGGAGAUUCUGUUAAGGAAGGCUUGAAUAAAACAAGAAGUAUUACUGUUCUACAGCAGUAGAGGCCGGAAUCCCAUUGUACUGAGGACAAUACAUUUGUAAGGCGGACAGUCACUGGCUUGUAGUUUGCAGUCAAUGGCUCAAGAAGCUGGCAGACGUGCUUGGCCCACACAAGCAGAAGGAUACCAGACCAUUACGGUUAGAAGACGUGAAAGACGACAUAACUAUGUCAGUUUUAGACCAUCUUUGAAUAGUCAAGAUAGAGAUGAACAUCAACACAAUGAAGCCUGUGACCGAUUAGAUUUAGAAGAUGUUCAGGAAGAGAAUUCUUUAUCUUUCCGUGAAGGUUCCAAUCUGUUAGUUCAAGUUUCUUCUGGUUUAUUAGAUGAGCCUUUGUUAGAAAAUACUAGAACUGGAGAACCCAUUUGCCGAAGUAUAUCAAGGCAAACUUCUGAAGCAAAGACAUCGCAAUCUUCUCUAUUCACUUAUGGUCUGGAAGGCAACCAAAUCUCAUGGAACUUCAUGAAUCCUAAUGAAAAAUCUGAGGACCUUGCUGAAUACUCAUCUGGAGGGCGAAAUGACUUAAAUGGUCAGAGUGGAAUUGCUUCUGUAAAUGUUGACUCUUGUGAGCCAGAUAGCAGUGACAGAGAGGAAGGUGAUGCUCAAGACAAACUUCCUUUGCCAAGAGAAGAAGCAGGUGUGUUUCAGCAAAGACUAGAUAAUAUGCUUUCUGAGUUAGAAGAAGGCAUAGAGUCUUCUACUGACUUGGAGUCCAGACUGUCUGCUCUCAACCGCAGUGUUUCUAGAACAGGUUGUGAAGGAGCAGGACCAAUGCCUUUAAUGACAUAUUUUGGCAUGGAUUCGAACUUGACAUGUCCAAACAACAGGACAUUUAAAUCUUCAGCUGAAGAUCAAGCUAUACCAAAAAGUAACCCAAGUGAUACCAAUUGUGAAACACCACAGACAAAAAAUACAGUCGAUGUUGCCAUGAGAACCCCUCAAGCAAUUGCUAAUGAAUUAAAUGGCAGUGAUGGAAAGACUGACCAAGGAAAUUCAGCUGAGUGUGUGGUGAGACCUAAAACGAGAAAAGAAAAUACUGCAAAACAGUGGAAGCUUUUCUCUAGUGAUGAUGAUGACGACAGUGAUUUCUGGAAGAGAUUUGAAAUCGCUGAAGGCCAGCAAGGCCAUGGUGGGCGUGAUGUGAGAAACAGUGAUGAAGUACAUUGUAUGUUCUUUGACUCAGAGCGUGAAGCUAAUCAACAGAACACAGAAACAGACCAAAGAGAAAAUGCAGCAAAUAAAGAAAGAACUGUUUCAGAACUUUGGAAUGAAUUUGAAGAAUGGAGCAGAAAUUUCUCAGCGUUGCACAGAGAUCAAGACAGUUGCAGCUCAGAAUCCAGUGAUGAAUGUUUUACAGAUGUGCAUAACUAUUUUACUGAUAAAGACUGUGUGACUGGCCCAGGCAGGCAGGAAGGUGGGCCUGAAGUGCUGAGCAGCAGCAGAGGUGUAGAAAGGAGCACGGACUUCAGUUUGCAAGGAAGGGAACAGGCAUUCCCACAUCUUCCUUUGGAGGAAGGAGAGAUUCCUUGGUUACAGUAUCGUGGUCGAGUAGAAAGUGGUGAUGAAGAUAAUGAACCAGUUAGUGAGUCUCUGAAUCCUGGAUUCUUCCCGUUGGAUAGAAAUAACCUUGAGGAUGAUUCCAGUGUGAGUGAAGAGUUGCGUGUGGACUGGAGACGACAUGAUGAGUUUGGUGGUGCCGUGGGACAUGCUCGGGUCUUUCCUAAUGUGAGUCCUCAAGGUCUCACAUUUACAGCACUAGAGGAACACUUACAACAAGCUAUGGAGUCUGCUCUGACAUAUUUGGAGUCUAUUGGAUUUGGUGUUGAACAGGCUCAUCCACCAGCUACUAAAGAAACCAUAGAUCGUCUGCCACAGAUUAUCGUCACAAAUGACCACGAUGGUCAAGAGCAGCGUUGUACUAUCUGUUGCAGUGAAUAUGUGAGAGGUGAAAUCAUAACAAAGCUACCAUGUCAUCAUUUGUUUCACAAACUCUGUGUAACUCUUUGGUUACAGGAAUCAGGAACAUGCCCAGUUUGUCGUCAUGUGCUUGCACCUGUGCUUCCUCAAGCAGCUGCUGCUACUGUUUCCUUUCUGACCAAUCAUGAUUCGGCAUCUUCUGUUCACAGUGCUACAGGAGCUUCAAACUAGGGUCUGAAAUUAAAUCUGUCACCAAAAUAAUGUUGCCUGUUUACUUACAAUGUGAAAACAAUUAUGUAAAAAAUACUAUAUGUAAAAAAAAUACUGUCUAUAUUAUAUAUUUCAGUUUAGAAAAGAGGGUGCAAGACUUUCUAAACUCCCUAGGUUUACAGUAAUACCUGAAAUUUUAGAACUAUAAGUUAGAAGAACAUGCAGCCUUUUUUCUUAGCAGAAUAUUGCUGACAACUGUAAUGUCUAAAGCUUGUAUUAUGAUAAAUGUUUCCAAGAAGAAAAUGGAUGUGGCACUGUUCAAGUUCUUGCAGCUGAAGUGCAGUUGUAACUUAUUAGUAAGCAUAACUCGUUUUAUGUUUACUGAACUACCUUUUUGUCAAAGUAAGUGCCAGUGAGUGACUUUACUUGAUUUGUCAUAUUUACAUCAAAUGUGAAGAUGUUCUGUGGUGCCAGCAGUGGUAGAAUUCUAUUUCACUAGAAACAAAUUGCAUAAUGGAGCAAUAUUUCUUACCAGCUCAUUCCAUCAAACUUUUUUCCUGAUGUCAGAAGUGCUAUUGUUGCAGUCCAUUUUUUAUAUAAAUUCUAGCAUCAUUCCAUUUAUAAGCCUGCAUCCUGAAUAAGUAUAUGAACUGUGGAACUUCAACUUCUGAAGUUCUAAAUUACUAAGAAGUUGCAUCUGUAUGAGCUGAGCACCUAGUUCCUUCAAUUUGUGUUUGAAUUCCAUUCUUCUAAAUAAGUCUCCUGCACUCUUGCAUAUGUGCAUGGUCUUUUUCUUUUUAAGAUAAUUUUAUUUUUACAUAUAUAUCAAGGCUGGGGUUGCUUUUGGUGGCUGAAAUCUUAAGUCUGAAAAGGUAGUAGAAACUUAACAUGCAUAGUUGAAAAAUACUUUUCAGUACUUGGCUAUUAGGAUUACUCCAGUAUAUGCAAAAACUUUAAGGGACAGGAUGUUAGUCAAUACAGGGCAGAAAGUUAAUAUUUGAGUGUGUAUAUGCAUACUAAUGGCUGCACAAGAACUCUUCUCUGGACAUUGGGUAGACACACAGUUGUGAAUUGGAGUAAUAUAUAAGGGGUUUAAUCAAACCCUCUUCAAACAGUUACAGUUUUUUCCAGUUAGGUUUAAAUUAAGAUGAAUUAAGCUCAUGGAAAAGCAAUUGAUUGAAAACUAAUCAUCUUAUAGUAGGUUGCUGGCUGUUCAGUAACAGUUAUGGCUGCCAUCACAGUAUCUCAUUUCUUCACAAAUAUUAAUAUAUUUUUAUUAGCAGUCAAAGAUAGUAAUAUUCAUGUUCAAGGGACUAUGCAGUGUAACUUGUAGACUGCAUCAGAGCAAAGAAUUUGUAGCAGUUGCCACUAGUCUACUCCUGAGAUUUUCAAUUAUGUAAUUCCAAAACUUAAAGUAUAAGGAAACCAAAACAAUAGGAUACUGGUGAGAAGUGGCAGAUGUGUAGCUCCUUGCUGAUUUAUUUUCAUUUAUUAAAACUUUAUAUUUGCAAGAGUAGGCAUCAGUAGGAUUUGGAGAAGCAUGACGAGGGUAAUAAACAUCUAGGCAUCUCACCAGCAAAAUUCAUACUAGUCCAAGAAGUGCUAUAGUCUUUCACAUCUCUUUUGCAAACUAGUGCUGUGGAGAGUGGUUGAUCUGUGGCUACCAACUACCACAGAUGAUAAAAUAGUAAUUCAUCCUUUAAAUCUCAUCUAAGGUGUAUAUGGGAUGUAAUGUAGAUUUAAGAGAAAGUGAAAAUGACCAUGUCUGUAUUGUUUGCAGAGGAAAACACCACCAGAAUGAUGGAUUUGGUAGUAUCAAAAUUUUUCUGUUAGUGUCUUAUGCUGUUCAGUAGCUCCCCCUGCAGUAAACGUUACAGGUAUUUUAACCAGCCUGUACUUUGUUUCUCUCUGGAAUGGCAUAAUACGUUGGUCUUCUUUUAAUCUCUCAAGCACAGGGUUUUAUAAAUGAGAAUUACUUGAAACUCUGUGGCAAGAUUUGGAAAUCCUUUUCAUUCCAGACUUAGCCAGCAAUGUAGAUUGCUAAGCUAGAAACUUUGCACUUCCUUUGUUUUCUGUUGCUGGCCUCAGCUCUGAUAUAUUCACAUUUCUAAACAGCUGUCUAAAGGGAGAGUGUUCAUGUUAUAGAUAGUAAAAAAACCCAGACUUUUGCAUUAUGUCCAAAUGUUUGUUGUGAUUAUUUAACUUUUUUUGGUAAAUGAAAUCAUAACAGAUUGCUAUGCAGAUUCUGUGGUUCCUGCUUCAAAUGUAAAAUUGUUUGGUUAAAAUGGGUGUAGUUCUUGAAAAGGCCUUGCAAAGUACAAUGUUCUUCUUGAAUAAUAAAAAUUGUUUUUUUGCUCAAAGGGGAUAUUCUAGACAUUUCCAAAUAAAGACUUCUAGCUUCAAGGAAUAAAAUAUUUUUUUCUUUGUGCUAAGUAAAACUAAACAUUCCACAAGAAUAAAAAAGGAAUUGUG